CACGUAAACCCUCCUACCGGCGGCAGCAUGGGUUGGCUUAUAUGCGGAAGUUUCAGUUCCGCUCGCUGCAGUUCUUCAAAACUCAGAGCAGACGGACUUAAGUCACGCUUCCCUCCUCUCUCAACACCAAACCCGGCUUCUCAAGGCAAGGUGCAUCAUGAACAACAGCUACAGCGUCUCCCUGGCUGGUCCUGCCCCCUGGGGCUUCAGACUGCAAGGAGGGAAAGACUUCUGUCUGCCCCUCACCAUCUCACGGUUGACCGAUGGAGGGAAGGCAGUGAAAGCCAACAUCAGUGUUGGAGACAUCAUUCUGUCCAUUAAUGGUGUUUCUGCAGACAGCAUGACUCACCUAGAGGCCCAGAACAAGAUUAAGGCCUGCACGGGCAACCUCGGCCUCACUCUACAGAGACCCUCUGCUGCCCCAGGCAAUGGCGUGCUGAAGGACGAACCUCAAGAAAUCAUUAAGCCUGUUCCCAUCGCUCACCCCACCUCGAGCACCGCGUACACCAAGCCACUGAGUCAGGCCAACCCCGCCUACAACAAGACAGCCCGGCCGUUCGGGGCGGGCAGCGGAGGUGUCGCGGGUUCUUCCUCGUCCCCGGCUGCUCCCAAAGUGGCGACCAUCCCCUCCGAGUCGUCCGCUUUCACCCCCGCCGCCCCGUCUCAGCCGCUGCAGCCUCCGUUCCCGCUUAAGUCGGCCUCUAACUCGGCUCCGGCCAAUUCACUUCCCAAGCCCAGCCUUGGCCCCUCUUCCACCAGAUCUAAAUCCCCCACUCCGGCCAGAGUGACCGCCCCCCCGCCCAAUCCCAAUGUCCCACACUCCUCCGUCUAUAACACACCUAUCAACCUGUACUCCAGUGCCAAUGCUUGUGAGGUGGCUAUGGGACAGAGGCGAGGUCUUUUGGAGAGCCAAGGGCUGUCAGAGCAUGUCAACGGGAAAGUUUUCAUGGAGCCUGAGAAUAACGCUUCCCUGGUUAGCGACGCCAGCAAGAAACGCCUGAUUGAGGACACCGAGGACUGGCAUCCACGAACGGGAACAUCCCAGUCCCGCUCCUUCCGUAUCCUGGCCCAGCUCACUGGCACUGAGAAGGAGCAAACUCCAGAGAACAGUGGAAAGAACGAAGCAGUUGACAAAUUCACUCCCUCUGCGCACACGUCGCCUGCUGCGAAAACAUUUUCCAAAUCUGCAGCAGCACCGAGGAACGGCAGCGUUGGCCCCGCAUCUCCAUUUAAGACCCCCCCAGCCCAGAACAAGGCCUCCUUCCUGCCUGGAGCCCCAUCAGGUUUUCCUAAGGGCGGAGUAGGACCCUCAUUUGGCAAAGUUUCCAACCUUCCUACCAAAGGUCCGGACCGCCCCACCCCGCAGCCACAUCCACAGGACCUCAACUCCCUGGUGCAGCGGGCCGAGCACAUCCCGGCGGGCAAGCGCACCCCGAUGUGCAACAAGUGCAACAAUGUCAUCAGGGGCCCGUUCCUCGUGGCCAUGGGCAUGUCGUGGCACCCAGAGGAAUUCAACUGUGCUCACUGCCACUCCUCCCUGGCAGAGUGCGGCUUCGUGGAGGAGAAGGACCAGGUGUACUGCGAGCGCUGCUACGAGCAGUUCUUCGCUCCCACCUGCGCCCGCUGCAACACGAAGAUCCUCGGGGAAGUCAUGAACGCCCUGAAGCAGACCUGGCAUGUGUCCUGUUUCGUCUGCGCGGCCUGCCAUCAGCCAAUCAGGGGCAACAUGUUUCACAUGGAGGACGGACAGCCAUACUGUGAACAAGACUACUACCGCAUGUUUGGGACCAACUGCCACGGCUGUGACUUCCCCAUCGAGGCCGGGGACAAGUUCCUGGAGGCCCUAGGCUUCACCUGGCACGACACCUGCUUCGUUUGCACGGUCUGCUCUGCUAGCCUGGAAGGUCAGGCAUUCUUCUCCAAAAAGGACAAGCCUUUGUGCAAGAAGCAUGCCCACACCGUCAACGUCUGACCUGACCCCGCGAUCGGGAAAUAGCGUCCAUUUCCUGCGGUUUAUACUUCAAGCAGAUGUUAAAUGUUUCCAGAGCGAUCUGUUUUUACUAGUUUGUAUUUUCCGACAGAAUAACAUUCGGUCACUGAUUCCACUGAAAGCUUUAUCUCAGCUGUAACAUUAUGUUCAUUUGCCAAUUAGUUGUUUCGUGUAGUUUUUAUUGGUUGGAUUUGCAAGCGUGCGUUGCACUGCACCGCUGAAUCCCCCUCUGCGAGUUAAAUGCGUGCGUGAGUGGAUUUUUCAAAUCUGCUGGACUUUCUAGGGGCGCAAGAGGGGUUUCGGAGCUUUUGUUGGGCGUUGUUCUUUUUGUCACAGAUAACGAGAGUUUACUGCUAUGAUCUACUGAGUUCCUCUGGCGUCACACAUUAGACAGGACACUGACAUUCGAAGCUAUGCCGUGUGACAAUAAAAGAAGCGCGCGGUUUAUGAAUUAGGAUUAUUUAAUUUAAAGGAGCUAAAAAAAAAUAUUUAUUUGUAAAGAGGGAUCACUCAGUCAAAAUGGGAAAUUUUAUAAGUAUUACGUUUUUCUUUUUUAAAAAAAGAUAUUUAAUCAUUCCUAAAAAUAAAUAAAUAAAAGCUCCACUUAUUAAUGUAUAUAGAGAUGUGCUUUGUUUUAUUGUAAAUGCAUCCAGGUGUAUUUUAAAAGGGCUCCAGACAGUAAUGACCAGACAGAUCAAUUAGAUGAGACUUUCUGUUGUUUAUGUUCAUUAUUUUUUUUAAUGUCUAUAGUUCAGGAGCGAAACGUUUAAAGAUCAAUAUUCCAGGAAACUUUUAUUGGAAGUAUUUGUCACUUUUAAGGAACUGAAUCCUGUGGUUUAAAAAGUGUUUGUGCCAUCAGAACUGUUGCAUUUUCUCUCAGUUUUUAUUUUAUUUUAUUUUAUUUUAUUUUAUUUUGUUUGGUGGAUCCUGCCCAAAUAACUUUACAGUUUUAAUGAACCCUUACCGGAUUUUGAGUUCUGCUGUGAGACUUUUUCACCCUUUGUUUUGCACAAUCACUCUGUUUUCAUUCAAAUAACAAUAAAAAAAUAAAUAAAAGAAAAA